AUGCCCGAAUCACGCGACGAUUACGGUCGGAGACGACAUCGGUCUCCUUCCGGAUCGCCUGCUCCCGACCGUGACCGACGACAGCGACUACGUGACGACGACGACCGUGGCAGUGGUUCAGGACGCCGCAACUCUUAUCGAAGUUCCCGAAGAGACAGCUCUCGGAAACGGUCAUCACGCAGUCCGACCGAUCGAGGAAGCCACAGGAGAGAUCACGACCGCCGUCGCAGAGAACGCAGGGAACAGGAAGAUGCCUCAGAUGAUGAUAAGAGAAGACGUCGACACACUUCCGACCGAGACUCUUCGCACCGUCGUCAUCGCGACCGGGAUUCUUACGACAGAAAAGAGAGGUCUUCUCGAAGACGCCGCCAUGAUUCGCGAUCUCGCUCGCCCGCAAGACGCUCGCAGAGUCCGGUCUCGCAGGCUCCAGUACGAUCAAAACAACCCCUCCCUCCCCAAAACGACGCAUAUACCUCAUCCGAAGUGACGCGGACGGGAGAGUCGGCGGGCCCUCCUCCCGAGAAAGAAAAGCCCAAUUUCGGUCAAACAGGGCGAUUGGCUGCAGAGAGCAACACCGUGAACGUGAAUGGGAGCUCAAUCGUUCUCAAAUACCACGAGCCUCCGGAGGCCCGCAAACCCCCGGCAAAGGAACCUUGGCGGUUGUACGUAUUCAAAGGAAAGGACCUCCUUGAGAUGGUGGAAUUGGGCAUACGAAGUUGCUGGCUCAUAGGCAGAGAACAAAUGGUGGUUGAUUUCCCCUUGGAACACCCGAGUUGCUCUAAGCAGCAUGCCGCGCUUCAAUUCCGCUUUGUUGAGAAGCGGAAUGAAUUUGGAGAUCGGAUCGGGCGUGUUAAGCCCUACCUUAUUGACCUGGAAAGCGCCAAUGGCACGUCAGUGAACGGGGAUGCGAUCCCUGCUGGACGUUAUGUUGAGCUGCGGGAUAAAGAUGUUCUUCAGUUUGGCUUGAGCUCCCGAGAAUACGUUCUCAUGCUACCCCAGCCCGAAUAG